AUGGCGGAGGAGGUUUUGGAGGCGGCGGUGGUGGAUUCGACGAUCAUCACGGUGGCGGAGGAUUUGGCGGAGGAGGAGGUGGUGGCGGUGGAUUCGAUUUACACCAUGGCGGAGGAGGUUUUGGAGGCGGCGGUGGUGGAUUCGAUGAUCAUCACGGUGGCGGAGGAGGUGGAUACGGAGGUGGUGGCGGUGGGUUCGAUUCACACCAUGGUGGAGGAGGCGGUGGAUAUGGAAAUGGAGGAGGAUUUAAUGAUCACCAUGGAGGAGGAGGUUUUGGAGGUGGCGGUCACGGUGGUGGCUAUGGUGGUGGCUAUGGUGGUGGCGGUGGAGGUGGAGGUGGAUUCCACGCAUCUUCUGGCUUCGGAAGCAGUGGCCACGGUGGAGGUGGAGGUGGUGGAUACAGUUCCGGAGGUGGUUAUGACUCGUACUCGAGCGGCGGCCAUGGCGGCGGUGGUUUCUCGGGCUACCACAAGAAAAAAUAAAAACGAACGAAUAUCGCGUUUCCAAUCUUUGACCGACUUUCGAGAUCGUGGCGAUCGGGCGUAUUCCGCGUUCCCUCAUCACGCGAUCGUUAAGUGUCACGAUCAUGAUCCAUCCGCGAGUAAACAAGGAAGAAUAGCUCGUUCGAGUAUUAUCGAUACAGAAAGUUUUGCUCGAUUGCUCGAGGAUCGGUUAAUCGUGCAAAUUCUGCACGACGUUUUAGUUACUUUUCAAUGUCUACUCGCGUGCGUUUCACAACUACGACGCAUCUACCUGAUUGUUUUAUUCGUUGCAGUUAUUGUAUAUAUUAUACGUUGUGUAAAUACUCCUCUUUCUACUGUUAUUUUUAAUAAAUUGUUUUGUAUUUGCGUUUUGUAA